AGCGGAGGACACUACCCCAUCCAGCGCCAGCUUCGAACAUGACCGCCUGCUGAUUCCCGCGGGAAAUGCAGACAUUCAAAUUCCGCCGGCAUCCGUGCUUCGAAAAUCCCGAUGUGGUUGUCGCCCGGCCGCAUGACAUGUGUCCCCUUAUAAAGAUUGUUCGCGUUGCAGGUAGGAGGUUAUUAAAGGUCUUCUUGUUCGAAGUUCGCCGGGAUCCGAACUUCGAGGUCUUCGAACGGCGUGAUGUGACAGACGUGUUGAGCGAAAUGUUUGCCGCCUGUGUUUUUGAUGCUUCGUUGCCGCCUGCGUUGUGGUUUGCUUCUUUUUCGUUGUCGUCUACAGACACGAUGUCUUUGUCGAGGGCCGAGGGGGAGCCUGCCGCGACCUCCUGGAUGGGAUCAGGGAAAGAUUCCACAAAACGUUCCGGGGCUGCGGGCGAGGGGGGAGAUCUGGGUUCCGGUGAGGCUACACAGCUGCAGCGGGAGGAGAGCGGAGGUCAAUUUGACGAUAGCGAAGAUGAGGCGCCACCGCGUCUGCCGUUUUCGCCGUUGAGCAGACGAGACCGGUCUGUGUUGUCCAUACCUAGUGUCCGGCAAGAGACCCCGGUUCGACAAGAGGUCGCAUCGGACCCCGGGAAAGAGGCAGUACAGUGUGGGCUCGACUUGGAGCCUACCGAGGGCCAUGGCACGGACGACGAGGUCGUGGACGGGAAGGGAACGCAGGGCACUCCCCAAAAAAGGAGGGGAGAUCGUCAAGAGGACUUGAUAGGUUCUUCGAAGAAACAGAAGAUCAAGACCCCGAACACUACGGGGGAGAAACGGCAGGGAAGGGGGGUGGAAGAGGACCGCCCGGGUAGCAAACGUCCGGCUUCGAAACAGAAGCAGCCUGCGUCGGGACCUUCUACGCCAAGGUCUGCCAUCGACGUGGACGCCGCGUACUUCCUGGAGUACAAAGACGGCGUAAGGACAAGGCGGGAGUUUGAGAUUGGCCCAGCUCAGGUCGUCGACCUCGGGGAGUGGGAGGAUCUGUACAACCAGCGGUCCCUGGAUCCCGUCCUGGUUGAGGGGAUCAAAGAAGCGAUGCGAAGUCACAAAAAGAAAACCUUCCCCGUUGGGAACAAUUUGUAUACGGAGGACGACCGCAUGUACAUCCUCUUCAAGGGUCACAAUCUGCGCGUCAACACGUCGGACUCCGUGGUCUACGAGGAAAAGCUGCCCAAGGGUGCCGCUGCUGCGGUGCAGUUGCCUCAGAGGGUCACCCAGACGGAUGUGUCUGAGACUCCCUUCAUUCCGUGCGACUGGUCGCUGGUGGCGCCGGAACGACAGGGCAGUGUCUACGAGGAUAUGGAACGUAAUCCGACACAAUUCGUCGGUCUUCUAGAUUUCCUCAGCAAGAAGGGAGAGGGUGUCGUGUUCCUUUGGAAACCACACGCGCGAAGCGUCUUGGAUCUUUUGAAGGCUGGCCGGCACGUUGUCGCGAUGGAAGGGAACUCCGACCUCUUGCAAUUCACAUUGCAGGUGGUGAAAAGCGAGGUCAAUUCGGGCGGGCACAAUUGUGAGUUCAUGGUCGUGAAGCCGACACGGAAUCGGGUGUGGAGCAACAAAACGGACAUGUGGUUCAAGUUGAGCAAGAGGAAGAGGAAGAAGAUAUACGAUUUCUUGUUCCUUCAAACACGGCCGAGGAAGGACACUUACGCUGAGUACGUCCGCCGUAAGGACCACAUGUUGGCACUGCUCGACAACUACCACUUCGCCUCCCGCAUGAAUGCGAAGACGUUUCUCGAAAGGCUACAGUCGCUGUACUUCGUGGAGUCCGAGAAGCAGUUGAAUUCCGGGGGGGGGUCAACUGGAGGUGGAGGGGACGGGGGUGGGGGUGGGGGGGGUGGCAAAAGAAUCCCGCCUAGUGGGGAGGGAGGAUCUCACGGCCUCAACACGACAUUGGGAGGCAGCGGCGGGGUGGCAGGUUUCGCCGUCGACCGGCCUCCGUCGAUAGGCACCUGCCUGGAGCGUACAACACAGUCCGCCGACCUCCCGACUUCGUCCGUGGGCUCAACGAGGGAGACGUUGGCAGCCUCGGUUGCUCUCGGCAGCCGCUCCGACGGAAAGUUGAAGUCCGCCGGGAUCCGAACUACGUCGGGUGAGGAGCCGCCAGAGCGGUCCGGACUGCAAAGCCGCUCGGGGUCGGGGGAGCCGAGCCAGGAUCCCGAAAUUGGCAGCAUUGCGGCGAGGGACGGAAAGGUGUCGCCUGAGCGGGAGCGACGGCCGCAAGGAUUGCAGCGAGAGGCUGCAAGUACAGGGUCCGGCGACACGGAGAUGACAAAGUCCGCCGAGAUCCGAACUUCUUCGGGCGGGGGGUGUCGGCCAGGGAUUGUCGUGCCGUCGAGAGGAGCAGCAUGCACGGAGACGGAAGGGCGGUCGUCGGGGUUCAACACGGGUACCGCGGAAGGGGAUGAGUUUCGUGGAAAGGAAGUAGGGGAGGAAAUGGAGGAAGGGAAGGAAGUGCAAGAAGGGGAGGAAGAAGGGGAAGAAGAGGAGGAAGGGGAGGAAGGGGAGGAAGGGGAGGAAGCGGGAGAAACAGAGCUACUUCGAUUGCUUGAAGGAAGGGAGGGUGCCGGAUCUGGAGACGACGAAGUGGAGCACAGUGAGGACGAUGCCGGAUCUGGAGAGUCGUCUGACAAGUUCGGACAACUGUACGGAGAGCAUCACGAGGAUGAUGUCGACGAUGAUGCCACGACAAUGGAGAUGGAAACACAGGUGGUUAGCAGCCUUUCCGCAGAACCUGAAGAUUAUGCGGUCCGACCACUGACGUUUGUUGUCGACUUGCAACACCGGUUCGACGAGGCUUCCAUUGCUAUUAGCCCGUCUAAAACAAGUCGUCGUAUAAGCAUUGACGAAGUUAUCGACGGUAUCCUCGACAACCAUUAAAUGUCUGCCCAUCCAUCCACAAUGCGUGACGUCGACGACGCUGGCAACGUCGCAUCGUCCAUGA